UGUUCAGGUGGAACCAGGACUGAAGGAGAAAGCAUUCCAUGUCUUACCAACCAGCCUGACUGACCGCUGCCGAUUUCUCUCCUUGGGUCCAGCGUCUCCUAGACUCCAUUGACGUCGUCUUCCCGCGCUUUGCUGCUUGUGACGAGAUUCUUUACGUUUAACAUUAGUACAGAUACGUUUUUCUGACGAAACUCUGACACUCACAUACUCGGGUUCCUGAAUUUCGCGAAGUGAUGGGUCGAGCCUACAGAUAUGUUAUUCUUGGAGGAGGCACGGCCGCUGGUUACGCUGCCGACGAAUUCGUGAAACGCGGAGUGCCUCGUGGAGAGCUGUGCAUUAUUUCUGAAGAGCCGGUGGUACCGUACGAGAGACCAGCACUCAGCAAGGGUUACCUUAUGCCCGAAGGUGCCGUGCGACUGCCUGUAUUCCACACCUGCGUCGGGGCGGGCGGCGACAGGCACGCCGCCAAGUGGUACAACGAGCAUGGCAUCGACGUGCUGCUGGAGACGCGCGUGGUGUCGGCGGACGUUCUGCGCAAGAAGCUCACCACAGCGGCGGGCGAGACCAUCCAGUACACCACGCUCAUCGUCGCCACCGGCGCCAGGGCCCUGCGGCUGGAGGAGUUUGGUGUGGCGAGGGCGGACAGCGGGCGCAUCUGCUACCUGAGGGACCUGCAGGACGCGGACCGGCUCGUGCGGACCAUGGCCGCCUGCAAGGGGGGCGCCGCCGUCGUCAUUGGGGGAGGCUACAUUGGCAUGGAAGCAACCGCAGCGCUGGUGGCCAAUGGCAUUCGGGUCACAAUGGUCUUCCCCGAGUCUCACUGCAUGCCCCGUCUAUUCACGCCUGAGAUUGCUGCCUUCUACGAGCGCCUUUACGAGGAGAAGGGCGUCACGUUCAUCAAGGGCUCUGUCAUCGUCGCCUUUGAGAGGGACCGCACCACAAACAAUGUGGCGGCGGUGGUGCUGAAGGACGGGCAGCGCAUAGCAGCGGAUAUGGUGGUGGUGGGCAUCGGAAUCCGCCCCAACACAGCGCCCUUCGAGGGCCAGCUCUCCAUCGACAAGGGCGGCAUCCGCGUCUCCCCCCGCAUGCAGACCUCAGACGCCUCAGUCUACGCCAUUGGGGAUGUCGCUGCCGUUCCCCUGGGGAUCUACGGCGGGGCGAGGAGGCGGCUGGAGCAUGUGGACCAUGCGAGGAAGUCUGCUGCUGCUGUUGUGCAGGCGAUUAUGGCACCAAGAGGGGCUCCUUCGCGGUACGACUACCUGCCGUACUUCUACUCGCGGGUGUUUGACCUGUCGUGGCAGUUCUACGGGGAUAAUGUGGGUGACUGCGUUUUGUUUGGGGAUGAGGGUGCGAUGAGACGAGCUUCUGGAGUGGCAGCAGGGAGUGGUGGUGUGGCUGCUGCUGAUGCUGCUUUGGCCGAGCCACGGGGCAAGGAUGACCUGCAGCUUGGAGCAAGUGCGCCUCAAGAAUCUGUAAGCACGGAUGGAUCAGAGCAGAGACCAGCAUCGGGGGGAGCUGGGUUAAGUCAGCCCCUACUGGACAGCAGCAAGCAAGGGAGAGGAGAAAGGAAGGCCAGGGGCCACCGUCUGGGGGCGUUCUGGGUGGAUAAGGGUCGGCUGGUGGGGUGCUUCCUGGAAGGGGGAACGAAGGAGGAGUACGAGGCUAUGGCUGCUGCUGCUCAUGCGUGUCCCAGAGUACAGGAUAAAGCUGUGCUGGCGAAGCAAGGGACGCAGUUCCUGCUUGAUCUGGUGGCUAGAGGGCAGCUGCAGGUGGCAGGAGGAAGACUGGAAGCCGGAGGGGCAGGAGCAGGGAAAGCAGCAGGGGAGGGAGGGAAGGUAAGAAGUGGGCAGGGGGGCGAUAAGGGCAGCACAGUGAGAAGAGAAGCAGCUGAUGGGGGGGCAGGUGGAGGAGGGGCUGGGGGGAAGUCUGGCGCGGCUGGAGGGGUGGCCGUGGGACAAAGUGACUUCCUUCCGCAGGCGAUGACAGGAGUGGCUAUUGCUGUAGGCAUUGCGGCACUGGCAUUCUGGCAUGGGCACAAGCUGAGGAGACUCUGGUGAGAGGAGGCAUUGAGCCGCAUGUGUAUUCAUAUCGAGUAUCGUCUGUUCAUUGGUGGUUCGUUCGCACACCCGGAUGGUGGAAGAUGGUGAUGGACAUGUGUUAAUGUGGGGUAGACGAUCAGAAGCAGACGUGCAUCGUUCGUAGAGUUGGUGAUUUUGUGUACACGAGUCUAUUGAUGAACUACAGAAUUCGUAGUACGAUUGAAGGUGAGGCUCUUGAUA